CUCCGUAUCUGCAUGGUCGCCGAGACGUUCAUCAUGAAACAGAGGUGAAACUGCAUGCUUCGACUCAAGUGAGCCUGUUGACAAAAUUGCAGCGACAUUGUUAUCUGUACAAGUGGCAGCCGCUUCUAGAGGGUCAGAAUGGCGUCCUCCCUGCUGGCAGAAGGCACUCGCUGCUGUUUCUCCUUACCCCAAGCGCAUGGAGCCAAGGACAAGCAAUUGGCGCAAAGUCUUCGUCCUCAGCUUAACCAGAUUUCUUACCAAAGACCUUCAAGACAAUUGAAGGGGGGCAAAUGCAGCGUACAAGCGGUACAUGAUGCUGAGACAUCAGUAUCAAGGUCUGUUCCCCCAUCUCGACGUGAAGUGUUGCAAGCCCUCGCAAGCCUAGCUGUGGCGGGCGCCACUGGAGCAUGUUGUCAGCCUGCUGCUGCUGGCGAAGGAGGCAGCACACAGUUCCUUCCAUACAUGGACUCCGAUGGCAAGUUUGGCCUGUCAAUACCCGCAGACUGGGCGCAGGGCGAGGGCAAGGCGUCCAGCCAGCGACGCGUGGUUGCCUUCUUCAAGGAAGGGGAUACGGACACAAACGUCAACGUGGUGAUCACGCCCCUGUCAGCGGACUACACCAAGAUGGGAUCGUUCGGCACGGCGGAGGCGUUUGGAGAGACUUUGGUGAACGGGUUGGACCGGAGUUGGGCGAAGCCGAAAGGGCCGGAGGCCAAACUGCUGGACGCUAAAACGAAAAACGGGCGCUACUUCGUGGAGUACACGUUCCAGGCCCCCGGCCAAAUGAAGCGGCACCUGAUGAGCAGCAUCGGCAUGGGCUUCGAUGGAACCUAUAACCGGCUCUACACCGUUACCGCACAGGCUAGGGAAGAGGAGUUCGCCCAGUAUGCAGGCGUGUUGAACAAGGUCCUUUCGUCGUUUGAGUUGAAGUUCAAGAGCCCCGUAUACUAGCCGCAUUUGACUUGGGAAGCACGGAGGCGUUGAGACUCAUAUCUUUUUGACAGAAUAGUUUGUCCUUAUUGUAUUCGAAACCGUGUUGAAGAAGAGAUUUUCAGGCCUUGCCGAUCAUUUCUGGGUGAUUGCGCUUGCUUGGACUCACUUUCUCAUGAAAAUUGCGCUUGCUGGGAAUCACUUUCUCAUGAAGGUUGCGCUUGUAC